GGCGGGAGCGCGCAGGAACACCGAAGCGCGCGUGCACAGCUGUCAGCACCAAGGACAGCAGCCGCUUAAAGCCCGCAGCGACCUUCAAGGAAUCCCCGGGCGUGAGAGCACCGGCAAGCGGCCGCGGACUGCAGGAGACGCCGCGUGGAGAGACGGAGAUGUUCCCCGCAGGAAGAAGGUGCAAGAUGACGACGGCGGCGCUCAUUCCUCCGCAUUGCACAUAAACCCGCAGCUUUUCUCAGCGGUUCCCCGGCUCUUUCUUCCACCCCCCCCCCCCCCCACCCUCCCUUUCGCGUGUGCCUCCAUCUUCCACAACGCCCACACGCGUCGUGUCUGCCGAGCCGCGCUGCUGCCCAGAAGCCUCCCGAGCACCGCGGAGAGGAGGAGGCGGCGGAGUGACCGGGCGGCGAGCUUGCGUUUGCUGCUGGACAAGAUGCGGCUCCUAACGCUGGCGGUGCUGCUCUCCUGCUCGUGCGCGCGGGCCGGCUGCGAGCCCAAGAUCGUCAACAUCGGCGCCGUCCUCAGCCAGAAGAGGUACGAGCAGGUGUUCAAAGACGCCGUCACCCAGGCCAACCAGGUCUACGGCCGGGACAAGUUCAAGCUGACGGCCAUCUCCGUUACGCACAAGCCCAACGCCAUCCAGAUGGCUCUGUCGGUGUGCGAGGACCUCAUCUCCAGUCAGGUCUACGCCAUCCUUGUGAGUCACCCGCCCCAGUCCAAUGACCACCUGACUCCGACACCCGUUUCCUACACCGCAGGCUUCUACCGCAUCCCUGUGGUCGGGCUCACCACUCGCAUGUCCAUCUACUCAGACAAGAGCAUCCACCUGUCCUUCCUGCGGACCGUCCCCCCGUACUCCCACCAAGCACACGUGUGGUUCGAUCUGAUGCGCGAGUUCAACUGGAACCACAUCAUCCUGAUCGUGAGCGACGACCACGAGGGGAGGGCCGCUCAGAAGAGGCUGGAGACCCUCCUGGAGGAGAGAGAAACCAAGAAUAAAAAAAGGAACUAUGAAAACCUCGACCAACUGUCCUAUGACAACAAGCGAGGACCUAAGGCAGAGAAAGUCCUCCAGUUCAGCCAGGAUACUAACUUAACGGCUCUGCUGCUGGAGGCCAAAGAACUGGAGGCUCGGGUCAUCAUCCUUUCCGCCAGCGAGGAAGACGCCGCCGCCGUGUACAAGGCCGCCCGCUUCCUCAACAUGACGGGCUCCGGCUACGUGUGGCUGGUGGGCGAGCGGGAGAUGUCGGGUAAAGCGCUGAGCGAGGCGCCAGACGGUCUUAUCGGCCUGCAGCUCAUUAACGGGAAGAAUGAGUCGGCUCACAUCAAUGACGCGGUGGCGGUGGUGGCGCAGUCCAUCCAGGAGCUCUUUGAGAAGGAAAACAUCACAGAGCCGCCAAAGGGAUGUGUGGGCAACACCAACAUCUGGAAAACAGGGCCUCUCUUCAAACGAGUGCUGAUGUCAUCUAAAUACCCAGAGGGCCUCACGGGACGCGUGGAGUUCAACGACGACGGCGACAGGAAGUACGCCCACUACAGUAUUCUCAACUACCAGAAGAGUCGACUCAUUCAAGUUGGCGUUUAUAACGGGACACAGGUGGUAAUGAACAAUCAGCGAAAGAUUAUCUGGCCGGGCGGGGAGACAGAAAAACCACAAGGCUUCCAGAUGUCAACUCGACUGAAGAUAGUGACAAUACACCAGGAGCCAUUUGUGUACGUGAAGCCCACUAUGCCGGAUGGGACGUGCAAGGAGGAAAUAACACUAAACGGAGUCUUAAUUAAAAAGGUUAUCUGCACGGGGCCCAAUGAGACCAUCCCAGGUAACACAUCAGGACGCCCAAUCGUGCCUCAGUGUUGUUACGGAUUCUGCAUUGAUCUCCUGAUCAAGCUGGCAAUGACUAUGAACUUUACCUACGAGGUUCACCUGGUGGCUGAUGGGAAAUUCGGAACCCAGGAGCGGGUGAACAACAGUAACAAGAAAGAGUGGAAUGGCAUGAUGGGAGAGCUCCUGGGGGGCCUGGCUGAUAUGAUUGUGGCCCCGCUGACUAUAAACAACGAGCGAGCACAAUACAUUGAGUUCUCCAAACCCUUCAAAUAUCAAGGUCUCACUAUACUGGUUAAAAAGGAAAUCCCUCGCAGUACACUGGACUCCUUCAUGCAGCCCUUCCAAAGCACAUUGUGGCUGCUGGUGGGUCUUUCGGUGCAUGUGGUGGCGGUGAUGCUUUACCUACUAGACCGGUUCAGCCCUUUUGGAAGAUUUAAAGUAAACAGUGAAGAAGAGGAGGAAGAUGCCCUCACCUUGUCAUCUGCCAUGUGGUUCUCCUGGGGAGUAUUGCUGAACUCUGGAAUUGGAGAAGGUGCGCCUCGCAGCUUCUCAGCGAGAAUCCUGGGUAUGGUGUGGGCUGGAUUUGCCAUGAUCAUUGUGGCUUCCUAUACUGCCAACCUGGCUGCCUUCCUGGUGCUGGACCGGCCUGAGGAGCGCAUCACCGGCAUCAAUGACCCAAGGCUGAGAAACCCAUCGGACAAGUUCAUCUACGCCACGGUGAAGCAGAGCUCCGUGGACAUCUACUUCCGGCGGCAGGUGGAGCUUAGUACCAUGUACCGCCACAUGGAGAAGCACAACUAUGAGAGUGCCGCCGAGGCCAUCCAGGCAGUGCGUGACAACAAGCUGCAUGCUUUCAUCUGGGACUCUGCGGUGCUGGAGUUUGAAGCCUCGCAGAAGUGCGACCUGGUGACCACGGGAGAGCUGUUUUUCCGCUCGGGCUUUGGCAUAGGCAUGCGCAAGGACAGCCCCUGGAAACAGAAUGUGUCCCUGGCCAUUCUCAGUUCUCAUGAGAACGGCUUCAUGGAAGACCUAGAUAAAACCUGGGUGAGAUACCAGGAGUGUGACUCACGGAGCAAUGCCCCAGCCACACUCACCUUUGAAAACAUGGCAGGGGUCUUCAUGCUGGUGGCUGGAGGCAUAGCAGCGGGGAUCUUCCUCAUCUUCAUCGAAAUAGCCUAUAAGCGCCAUAAAGACGCCCGCAGGAAGCAGAUGCAGCUCGCCUUUGCGGCCGUUAAUGUUUGGAGGAAGAACCUGCAGCCCUCUUCCUCUCUAGAGACUCAGGAUGAUAGGAAAAGUGGUAGAGCAGAGCCCGACCCCCAAAAGAAAGCCUCUUUUAGGUCCAUCAGUACCACCCUGGCUUCCAGCAUCAAGAGGCGUAGGUCCUCCAAAGACACGCAAUUCCCCCCCACGGACAUCACGGGACAACUCAACCUGUCCGACCCGUCCGUCAGCACUGUGGUGUAGGGAGCGCCACCUGACCACCCCUCCCCUCCUCUCACCUGCAUGAGGAGAGAGGAAACAAGGAGAUGUACAGUAUCUCCUUUAGAGGAGAUGUUUAUAGGGAGCCUGAGCAUGCAGAGCCUUUUUUUUUUCCUCCAUAUGUACAUUAUAUUACUACCUAUUUAACCCUGUAAGACCCAAAUAUAGAAAAACUUUAAAAAAAAAAAAAAAAAAAUGGACCUUUUAGGUGUUGUUGUAGGAGGCAUUUGAUGCAGAAAUUGAAGAGUUAAAAAGAAUUAAAAAUG